CAGAGUGCCAGUGGCACCUGAGUUGUCUGCUGAGCCCCGGCACCUCUCCUCUCGCCUUUCUCACCACCCCCCCCCCCCCCCCCCCCCCCUUUUUUUUCCAGGGGUGUGGAGCUCGGAAAUGACCGACUGGAACAAAAAUAUGGAAGUUAAACACGACCGCCUGCCGGAGGAGCCUUACGAUCAGCUGAAACUGAAAACCGGAGCCAAGGAAGCUACCCCGAGCCCUCCCCGGGCGGCGAGCAACUUGUACAGCGCUGCCAAGAAGAAGGAUUACACUGUGUCCGUCUACCUCGAUAAUAACAAGUCGAAAAGCGAGCAUUCACAACAGAAGUGCAUCGUAGGCUUUGCCCUGGUGUGCUGUUUUGCCAUUUCUGUUGCACUGAUAUUUUCAGCUGUGGAUAUUCCAGGUAGGAGCAGCAGCGCAGAAGACAUUACAGAGGACAACUGCAAUAGGAAUUGCCGAGUCCAUCUUGUGGAAAACAUUCCAGAUGGCCUGGACGACAUUGACAAUGCUACUAGGCGGAUCCCAUUGUUUCAAGGAUGGAUAGAUUUGCUGGAUGCUGCUUUGUACAGUGUUGACAUUGUCUCUUCCAAUUGGGCUCUGAGGAAUGGGAAACUGGACCACAACCAUUCCUUGUCCCAUAGGGGUGAAAAGAUAUUUGAGAAGCUACUUCAGCUGCAGUCUCGUAACAUUGCGCUGCGAGUCCCAGUCAAUAAAUUCCAGUAUGGGUCCCAGGACACAAAAGAACUGAAAGCCAAUGGUGCUUUUGUGAAAUACAUCAAUAUGGCUCCCAUUAUCAGCGGAAAGCUUCAUUCGUCUUUCUGGGUGGUGGACAGAAAGCACAUUUACAUUGGCAGUGCGCACAUGGACUGGCGCUCUCUAACUCAGAUGAAGGAGCUGGGAAUUAUUGUGUACAAUUGUAGCUGCCUGGCUCUGGAUCUGCAAAGAGUCUUCUCAGUGUACUGGCAGCUGGAGUACCGAGACUCAGUGCCUGAAAUCUGGUCGAAGAAACUGUUUGCCAUCUCCAGUGAACAUUCGCCUCUCAAGUUACAGCUGAACGAGGUUGAAGCUGAGGUCUACCUGGCCACCUCUCCGGCCCUUCUGUGCCCCAAUGGCCGUACCAGGGACAUCGAUGCUGUUCUCAGGGUUAUUGCCAGUGCCAGGAGAUUUAUACACGUAGCUGUCAUGAAUUUUCUGCCUCUUAUCAACAACACCAAUGUCCAGAGGUACUGGCCUCUGAUAGAAAACGGGUUGCGGGAAGCUCUCUUUCUGCGGAAUGUGAAGGUGCGACUGUUGGUCAGCUGCUGGAAGGAAACGUAUGCGCCAAUGCUCAAUUUUCUGUGGUCUCUCAAAAUGUUCUGCAUUAAACCCAUCAACUGCAGCUUUGACGUGAAAUAUUUUGUUAUUCCGACUUCAGAAGGAGAAGAGGACAUGUUUUCUAGUGUAAAUCGCAACAAGUACAUGGUGACGGAUAAAGCAGUGUAUAUCAGUUCCUCUGACUGGGUUGGGGAUGACUAUGUGGAAAACACAGGGGUGAGCCUGGUCAUUGAACACAAACGGAGCAGAUGGCUAAAGGACACGGCAUCAGUUCACCAGGAACUACAAGCAGUGUUUGAGAGAGACUGGAAUUCCAAAUAUGCCCGAAGCUUAGAAAUAAAUACCUUUUUAGAGUGCUUGAACCAUAGAAAAUUUCGACGCAACACACCUUAAUUUAGCCUGGAGAAAAUAAAGCCUGUUUACGUGAAGUAGGGGCAGUAGAGUAGCAGGUGUACAGGAGAUAGACGGGGGGGAAAUAGUACAGGAUUUUGUGACUUAAGAAUUGGGUUCAGUCGAAGCAUUUUAUCAAAUCUACUAAAUUACAUGAAGCAACUAAGGACAAUGAUAAUUCAGCAGGCUUCGAAUUUUGAUGGUUCCACACUCACAUUUCCUGGAUAUAAUUCCUAUUAAUACUCUAACAUGCUUUUAAGUAACUUUGUUAGGUGCAACACAGUAUUGAAUAAAUAUUCUAGUGAUCACUGUAAGUUUAAAGGGUGCCAGGAACUGUUGCCCCAUGAGCUUCAGGAGACCUCCACCUGUGAAGGAAACUUCACCUGUGAGCCUGAUGCCAAAUUAUCGGGAUUUCUGAAUAGUUGGAUAGUGGAUUAUCGGAGCUUUACUGUAAUGAUAUAAAAGUAGAUUUUCCAUGGUCGUACAAUAGUCCCAAUAACCUCUCCAUGUAUCCAGAGGGCAGUGACUUAUCUGCAUGGGUUAGAAAUUGUAUACAUUUAGAGAGUUGAAACUUUAUUGAACAAUUGACAUAAGGCAUUGUGGUUUUUAUAACUGAGCACUUGUUUUCAUCAGAUUUAAAUGGUGUAAUUAACAUUACACAGCACUAUUACUAAAGAUCCUAUAGCAAGCAAGAUAGACCGCUCCUGCUAAAUGCAAUAGGCUGACGUGUAGUACGCAACGGGGCGGAACGUGGUCCUUUUUUUCCACCAUAAAAGUAACCCAACCCGACUCGCAGUGUAAUCAAUGUUGCGGGGGAACAGUUUGUGUUAAUAAAUUAUAAUUCUGAAAAUGAGGAGAACAUUUUUCCCAAAUAACUUUUAUUUAUACGAGGAUAUUUCCGUAACUGGCUUCCGUCUCCGCACUGGUAUCCUAUGGGAUCUUUGGUGUGGAGACGGAAGCCGGUUACGGAAAUGGGGCCGAAAAUUACCCAUGAAUCUGCCCAUGACCGUACUACGUCUUUUUCGUCGAAUGAUCUAUCUUGCUUGCUGUAGGAUCUUUGCUAUUACAACCCAAAUGGAGCUGAUUUAAAGCUCUCUGGAUUUAAUUUAUUUGUGAAUUGUCUCUCUGUGUAGACAGAUACCCAUCUACUUUUUUUCUCUCUGUUUUCGAUACUGACAUGUCUGGUUGUGAUGUAAUAUUUGCAGCUGAUACUCCUGCACUGGGCUGGCUAUGAAGUAGAAUAAUAAUGUCCCAAAUACUAGGCAUCAUUACAGGUUAAAACUUCCAGUUACACCCCAAGCUAAACAUCACUUCAGUAAAAUACCUCCAAAUAGUAUAGCAGCCCAACACAACAUCAACCCAUUUCAUAAUGCAUUCAAGCUUCACCCUUCUAUUAAGCACAAGAGAUAUGAAGAUUAUUCUGCAACUCUACCCACUCCUCACAGCAGAAAGGACAGCUCCCAGUAUUUAGAUCUAAGAUCUAAGAUCUAAAUCCUCCAUCUGCCCCAAACUCUCCCCACCCCCACCACUCUCUGCCGAAUGGUGUCCAUGCAGUUGGCACAUAUCACCAAUCCCUGCUUCCUCUUCUCCCCUGUACUUCAAUAAAGGAAAAUUAAGGCGGUGAGUAGACCGUAUUUUUCCAACAACCAGAGCACAAUUGAAAUAACAGCCAACAAUGCGGCUUUGUUGAAAUUAGGAUCCAAUUAAAUUGUGUAAAGUCUCCUUCCCUGUCAUACGUAGGUGAAUUCUGAGUUCAUGAUCAUGAUCAACUGAUGUUAUAUAAGUUGGCCCCAAGUUUCAUAUGAAUAUAGUCAAGGCUGAGAGAUGUUCAGUAGAAUCAGGCCUGAAAUUAGAGCUGAGGGCAGGUUCCGAUGAACCCUAACCUUGUUGAAUAAUAGUGGAGGCUUAAGGACCAGAGUGACCUGCUCCUGCUCCUAAUUCUGAUGAAGACACAAGAGACUUCAGAUGCUGUGGUCUGGACCAAAAGACAAACUGCUUGAGGAACUCAGCUUUUCAAGCAGCAUCUGGAAUAGUCAACAUUUAGGUUGAGAUCUUGCAUCAGGACUCGCAUUCUAUCGUUUGCCUCCACGGAUGCUGCUGGACCUUCUGAAUUCUUCCAGCAGUUUGUGUUUUGCUACUAUGGGUUGCAUUAACCCUCAUCGAAACUCCAAUGUGACUCAUGAGCCACAAUUGUGGCUGCAACCAACUGAUGAUUAGUAUUGGACAUUAUUUUUGCUGGAUGCAAACUGCAUAUGGCUUGAAUUUCUUGGUUUUUAUUAAUAGUUCUGUUUGGGGGGUUUAGUUUUUAAUAAAGUGGAAAAUCUGGGAUAUCAAAAUAAUUUUUAGCCAGAUGCAUCAAUUUUCAUUUUGAAUGGUAAAUCACUACAAAAUUACUAAUGAUAAUAACUAAUAUCAAACUCUUCAUGCCUGCCCAUGUAUUUACUAAACAUUUGGUUUUCUCACUUUGGUAAUCCCAUCACAUUGACCACCAGUAUAUUCCAUUUAAUGUGCAUAAACAAGUAUAUAUUCAUUGGCCAGUAGUCCAUACAUUAAAAGGCACAUUGUUAAAAGCAAAACGCAUGGCCGAUGUUGCAAAUUAUAUUGCCAAUAUAGAGUUAUAUUACUGUAAACAAAAAUAAAAAAUGAUAUUUUUAAGUUUGUUUUGUGGGUUGUUUUUUUGGUUAUUGUUAAAAACCAAAAGAUUCAAGCCCGUAGCAUCUAAAUAUUCAUGUGAAAAAUCAUCUUUUGAACAUUCCAUACUCUUCUGGCUCGAGUUCCAGUUUUUAAUAUUUUCGAAACAGCUAUUUAUCAGGCUGCCAUCAAGGCGGGAACAAUUGAAUCAUAGAAUUGUUAUGACGCAGAAGGUGGCCUUUGGACCUCUCACUUUUUCUGUUCCAUUCUCUGCAGCCCUGCAUAUUAUUCUCUUUCAGAUUUCAACCCAAUUCCAUUUUGAAAGCACUAAAUGACUUAUGCUUAGUGAAUUCCAUGUCAUAACUACAGAGGAGAUAAAAAAUAAAGUUUCAAUAGACAAUAGGUGCAGGAGUAGGCCAUUCGGCCCUUCGAGCCAACACCAACAUUCAUGGCUGAUCAUCCACAAUCAGUACCCUGUUCCUGCCUUCUCCCCUUAUCCCCUGACUCCGCUAUUUUUAAGAGCCCUAUCGAGCUCUCUCUUGAAAGUAUCCAUUCAUUUCUUCGACCCAUUUUCACUUCAGAUCCUGAUGAAUCUUUUGUGCAAAAUAUUCAGCAUGUGCAUCAUGAUCCACAUACCAUCUGCUUACAACAACAGGUUCUUGUAUAUACCCUGUUCUAAAUUAGUCCUGAAAAUUAGAGUGGUGCUGGCCAAUUUCCAAGAGGGGUCCUAUACUACCAAAUUGUAAAGUCAAAAUGUGUAGGAAAGAACUGCAGAUGUUGGUUUAAAUCGAAGACAAACACAAAAUGUUGGAGUAACUCAACAGGACAGGCAGCAUCGCUGGAGAGAAGGAUACAUCACAUACAGCAUAUAACCUGCCAACAUUUUCACCACCUCCAACGGGAUCCCACUACUGGCCACAUCUUCCCAUUUCCAACCUGUUCUGCUUUCAGCAGAGAACGUUCCCUCUGCAACUCCCUGGUCAACCCGUCCCUUCCCACCGCAUGGGAAGAAUCCCCACAGCAUGAUGCUGCCAUUACCAUGCUUCACUGUAAGUAUGGUAUUGGCCAGAUGAUGAGCGGUGCCUGGUUUCCUCCAGAUGUAACGCUUGGUAGAAUGGCCAGACAGAAGUCACUCCUCAGUAAAAGGCACAUGACUGCCCGCUUGGAGUUUGCCAAAAGGCACCUCAAGGACUCUCAGACCAUGAGAAACAAAAUUCUCUGGUCUGAUGAAACCAAGAUUGAACUCUUUGGCCUGAAUGCCAAGUGUCACGUCUGGAGGAAACCAUGGUGGUGGCAGCAUCAUGCUGUGGGGAUGUUUUUCAGUGGCAGGAACUGGGAGACUAGUCAGGAUUGAGGGAAAGAUGAAUGGAGCAAAGUACAGAGAGAUCCUAGAUGAAAAUCUGCUCCAGAGUGUUCUGGACCUCAGACUGGGGCGGCGGUUCAACUUCCAACAGGACAACGACGCUAAGCACACAGCCAAGACAACGCAGGAGUGGCUUCAUGACAAGUCUGUGAAUGUCCUCGAUCGGCCCAGCCAGAGCCCGGACUUGAACUCGAUCGAACAUCUCUGGAGGGACCUGAAAAUAGCUGUGCAUCGACACUCCCCAUCCAACCUGGCAGAGAUUGAGAGGAUCUGCACAGAAUGGGAAAAUUACCCAAAUACAGGUGUGCCAAGCUUGUAGCGUCAUACCCAAGAAGACUUGAGGCUGUAGCCGCUGCCAAAGGUGCCUCAACAAUGUACUGAGUAAAGGGUAUGAAUACUUAUGUAAAUGUGACAUUUAAAGUUGAAAAAAAGUUAUUUCUUUUUAAUUAACUAAACACCUGUUUUUGCUUUUUUAUUGUGGGGUAUUGUGUGUAGAUCGAUGAUAAAAAAAUGAUUUUAAUCAAUUUUAGAAUAAGGCUGUGACAUAACAAAAUGUGGUAAAAAUGAAGGGAUCUGAAUACUUUCUGAAUGCACUGUAUAUGCUUGAAGAAUAUUGGAGGAAGCCACUUUUACUUUACUAUAGUAGAUACUGUUAUAAGCAUAAAGGCUUAUGCUUAUAACAGUAAGACCUGUAAGUUUGCUUGAAAGAAGACAGGUUGAGGCCAGCAUAGAACAGCCAUAAUCGUUCUGAAUGGUGACGUAGGCUCGAGGGGCUUGUUUGCCUUCUCCCUCCAUCGUGUCCUUCUAGACGGAGCACCAGAUGGUGGUGGUGGAAGUGGCGAGGGCUUUCUCCAGCAGUGUUCUUCUCCUAGCAAAUUGCUUGCAGCACGUUCUUGUCACAAAGAGCACCCUGUUUCUUCUAAACUAAUGGAAAACCUUUCAAUCUUUGGCCUUUACACUCCAGAACUCAGGUUACCCGAACCUCAGUAGUCAUGCUUGCCAUUUGCAUGUGCUCAGAGGCAGAGGUCCAAGCUAUUGUUAGCUUGUUAACAGAGGCACACGAGAGGAUUAUGUUAUAAUGAAUAUCUCACAACAAAGGCCUUUUACCAACUGCCCCCACUGCCCUGGAACAUUAAAAGUCGUGGCAAAGCCCUGGCAAUGUGAACAACUUCCCCAGCCUUGGGAACAACUUCUUGGUGAAUGUGAACAUCGGUGAUCACACAUUUAAAGGACAUGUGGAUUGCAUUGGUUAAUUAGCCCCUGUGAAUUGCCCCUAGUGUGGGGAUGUGUGAGAUGAUGGUGGGCUAGAAUGUGGGGGAGAUGACGAAAAAUGGGGUGAAUUAAAACAAGGUUUAGCGUAAAUAGCUGUCGGUAGUUCUGCUAUCACAUGAUAGUUACGUUCUAUCUAGAUUUAAACAAGUUUUCCUGAUCACAAUUGCACUGUAAUUUAUAUGGCCCACAUAAUGCAAACAGUGUUCCCUAAUCCAUCAAUCACAUCAUUGUGGAAACACACAUUGUAGCAGGAUUUCCUGUACUCAAUGGUUGGCAUGUACUCAGUGGGUUCACGGGCUUCUUUUGUGCAGCAUACUUUAUGGCAGACCAUUGCCACCAUGCUGUGAUUCACAGAACUACAUGUACACACAACCCAGGGGAAAAGCUGGUGGGGAGAACAUCUGAGGUUCUCUCUGUUGUGUCAGUAAACAGAAAGAAACUCUGUUUACCCCUAUUUUCCUUUUCAGAACGUUGCCAUUCAUGCCUCUUAAACUAAAUCCCUUGGACAAUUGCUAAAGCAUUAAACUGGGUUUUUUAUUAUUGUUUUGAAUAUUUAAAGAUGAGCACUGGUAUUUUUUUCAUACUAUUUCAUUUUGAUAUUUGGAGGGAACAGCGAUGUUUUGGAAAAGAACAACGUAAUUAACAAAGAAGUCAUACCCAUAUAUAUAUGAAGGUACACAAAAAUGCUAGAGAAACUCAGCGGGUGCAGCAGCAUCUAUGGAGCGAAGGAAAUAGGUGACGUUCGCUUCCUUCGCUCCAUAGAUGCUGCUGCACCCGCUGAGUUUCUCCAGCAUUUUUGUGUACCUUCGAUAUUCCAGCAUCUGCAGUUCCUUCUUGAACCCCAUAUAUAUGAAAACAGCUUUGGUUUAUUGUCAUGUACAGCAAAAAGCUUUUGUUGCAUGCUAACCAGUCAGAGUAAAGACAAUACAUGGUUAACAUCGAGCCAUUCACAGUGUACAGAUGCAUGAUAAGGGAAGAUAAAGGCAGUAAAGUCCGAUCAAAGAUAGCCGAGGGUCACCAAUGAGGUACAUAGUAGUUCAGGGCCACUCUCUAGUUGCAUUAGGAUGGUUCAGUUGCCUGAUAACAGCUGCGCAGAAACUGUCCCUGAAUCUGGAGGUGUGUGUUUUCACACUUCUAUACCUUUUGCCCGGUGGGAGAGGGGAGAAGAGGGAGUGGCCAGAGUGCGACUCAUCCUUGAUUAUGCUGGUGGCCUUGCCGAGGCAGAGUGAGAUGUAACUGACAUCAAUGGAAGGGAGGUUGGUUUGUGCGAUGGUCUGGGCAACGUCCACAAUUCACUGCAAUUUCUUGCAGUUUUGGGUGGAGCGGUUCCCAAACCAAGCCGUGAUGCAUCCUGAUAAAAUACUUUAUGUCUGAAAUAUUAUGCACAGAAUCUACACAUAUUUGGACAAUUGAAAAAUGCUCUUAGAUUCAUUGAGUUAUACAACAAUGAAACCGGCUUUCCACCUAAAUUGUCCAUGCUGACCAAGUACCUGUCCACACAAAUUAUAUUUCCAUAUCCCUCUGAACCUUUCCAAACCAUUCUGUGGCCUGCGAGCUCCCGACGAUGCUUGCCUUCAUCUGAUGAGGCAUUGAGUAGAGAAGUUGGUACGUUAUGUUACAUUUGUGCAAAUCAUUGGUUACGCUAAACAUUGUGUGCAGUUCUGGUCGCCACACAAUAAGAAUGAAGUGAUUAAGCUAGCGAGGGUGCAGAAACGAUUCACGGGAAUCUUGUCUGGACUGGAGGGCUUCAGAUACUAAUAGACAAUAGGUGCAGAAGUAGGCCAUUCGGCCCUUCGACCCAGCACCCCCAUUCAAUGUGAUCAUGGCUGAUUAUCCCCAAUCAGUAUCCCAUUCCUGCCUUUUGUCCUGUUUUAGUUAUUUUUUGGUUUAUUAGGUUGUGUAUGUGUGUGGG